AUGAGUGUAGAGAGCAGCGCCGUCUUCGGCGAGGCCUCAGAGACUGCCGAUGCCGCGCUUGAGAUCCCUCGUUUAGACAAAAUUCCAAACCCUCUUGCUCCAAUAAGUCCUACUUUUUCUCCAGAGAUUGAGGAAUUUGAUUCUGAAUCAUUCAAUACAUAUUCAAAAUUCACAAAAACAAUACUUCCUAAAUUUGACCUUGCAACUCUCGAAGAAGCACAACCAGUUGUGGAUCAUUUAAUAUCAAAAUUAGAGAAUCCAAAAAUAUCAACUACAUAUGUAGAACUUAUGGUACAUGCUUUUUUGCUUGCAUGCUCCUAUAAGCAAACAGAACUUAUUUCAAAUCCAUCUCUCACAAGAUUGUCAUAUUUGCAUCAUAUUCUUUAUUUAUGCUCAGAAGCAGUUCAUAAUUGUUCAAAACUUCAAGUAGAUCUAUUCGAACAUUGCAACAUGAUGAUAGCUGAUACAGAAGAUCUUUAUUACUCCAACUUUUGUGAAAUUGUCGAACAUAAAUUCUGGGGUAAAACUAAAUCUGUCAAUGAUUUAAUCAAUACAAUGCUUAAAAAGCAGUUUGAGCAGCUCAGAUUGCUAAACGAAUACACUUUCAAACAUUUGACAAUUCUUUCAAUGAGAAAGUCAAUUGACAGCGCCCCAACACAGACUGGAAGUGAGCUCCUUAAGUGGGCGCAUGCAAAUAAUAUUCCUUAUGAAUAA